AUGGCUUCGUAUCCUACCGACUUUACCACCUUCACUCAGCAAUGGGUCGAUAAGAACCAAUGGCCUUUGAAGAACACACCCACCAACUACUCCGGCUCUGUCCUUGCUAUGACUGGCGCUUCCGCCGACGGAUUUACCUUCCACUCCGGCGCCGGCCAUAUCCAGCUUAAGGGCUACUACCAGAGCGGCCAAGAUCCCAAGCUCGUCAACGCUUCUAUCCACCUCAUGGUUCCCUCUUGGGGAGAGGUCAAGCUCAUGGACAAACAGACCAUCCGGCUCGUUCAGCCCACCCAUGUGCCAGUCAAAGUCGGCGGGAUCGACGGCAAGAUCAAGAUCAAGAUCGCAAACGACCUCUCUACCCAGGUUGUUUUGCUCGACUACGACUUGGCCACUCCCUACGGCUCAAUGAAAGACAAAUGCGGUCUAUUCCCCGUCGACGCUACUCAGCAUUUGCAAGCUCAGCACCAGGCUCUGGAGAAGCUCGACACGUUCUCCGUUUCACAGUUGCAUUCCACUCCCGUGUCCCACGGCCAGCUUGUUGCGGGUGAUGACGAUGAGAUACAUUGGGAGCUCAGCGACCUCGGCGUGGAUCACAACUCGGCAGAGAUUGAUUUGCUUGUCCUGUUCAUGAACGACUUUGCGGUGAACAACUCCUCCAUUCUUCUUCCGAGCUAUCCCCAAGCCGUGGCCGCAGCUAGACAGGACGCGAACGAUGUCCAUUCAAUCGACGCCGCUGCGUCCAAAGACAAGCCGUUUGCAAUCGAACAGUCAUUCCUCGGCAUUUUUGUGGUAUCCGGUACGAUCGUGCCAGAGAAGCUGGCGGUCAAGGUGUCGUUAUACGUAUCAGUUCCGCUUGCGGGCAGGGUCAAGAUCACGUCGCUCGAGGGGUCUUUGAACUCGGCCGAAGGCGUGACAGCCAAGAUCAACGUGGCGGUAGCGUCAGGGUCGGCCAAGCUGUUCACCAAAGACGAAGGCGGGAAGCAUGCGCUGUACAUCAACGCACAGGUGAAGGUUCAGCUGGUCGGGACAAAGACUGUGCCAGACACACGGCUGCUACUUCUUCCGUUCUAA